UCCAUUUAGAUAAUGGAACUUUGGUUAAUUUAUGCGUCAAUAAUAGUUUGUAUAUUUUGUUUUCAAAAUAUUUAUGUACAAGUAAAAAGAAAUGGGUUUGUUCUCAUGUGGUAUAGCGUUUCAAAUUCUUUUUUAUCGCUUUCUUAUGUAAUUGGUGGUAUAGUUUUAGGUAAUGAUAAUUUUAAUAUUGAUAAUGCUUUAACUUAUCAACGAGUUUGGUGUGGUAUAAGUGGUUCGAUUUUAACUUUAAGUUCAAUAUCAAAUGCUGGUCUUGCUUUAGCUUUGUCAAUUGAAUUAUAUGUUUCUUUAAGAUUGACAAAUCCUGCUGCUAGACAAGAUCCACGUAUUAUAAGAUUAAAUUUAGUAUUAGCAUUCAUAAUGCCGAUCAUUUCGGUAUUAAUUAGUGUAAUGAUAUUAGGUAUUAAUGGUGAUAGAAUUUUUACAAAUUUUGAUGAUGGUGGAAUAUGUGAAAUUUCAAGACAUGGAAAUCAAAGAAUAAUUUUAUUUAUAGUUAGAACUUUACCUGAAUAUCUUCCAAUUUAUCCUUCUUGUGUAUUAUCAGUUUUGGCUUUGAUUCCUGUCGCACAAAAAGUUUUUGAAAAUCGUAGAUUACAAAAUUCUUUAUCAAUUCCAUGGGCUAUAGAAAAAGAACCUCCAACUUAUGCUUUACCAACUCGUGGUGGUCCUCCUCCAAAUCCUUCUAUACCUCCAAAUGCUAGAAUGUUAUUACCAAGAAAUGUACUUUUACGUAUGGGUCUUUGGUGUUGUUUAUUAAUAAUUUUUGGUAUUCCAACUUCUAUAAUAUUAUUAAAAACGAAUAUUGUAUAUUUAAUUAAUGGAAUUCAAAAAUUAAGUUAUUUACCUGAUAUUGAUAUAACAUUUUGGAAAAAAAAUGGUAAUACUUUACAUAUGGUAGUAACUAUGGCUUUAUUUUUAUUAUGUUUUGGUACUGGUGAAUUUGCAAAUGAACAAUAUUGUGAACUUUGGACAAAAAUACUUGGUUUCUUAUUUUGCAGACAAAGAUCCAAAUCGUCUAAACAUAAAUCACAAUAUGAAAUGGGACAACAAACCAAUCGCAUAACACCAACUUCAACCAUUCAAUCAGCACCAUUUUCAUAUCUUUCACAUACACCACCAACACAAUCAACAUUUUCAAAUCAUUCUCAUAAUAAUACGACAUAUUCCCAGGAUUAUAACGUGAAUCUUAAUCAAAAUUAUAAUUAUUACAAUUACAAUUACAAUCAUGAUGAAAGAGCUGCUUCAUUAUCUGAAUCAAUUAUAAUCGGCGAACUUCCUCCGAGACCAAAAGCCGCUAAAUUAUUACCUUAUUCAAAAAGUUAUUAAUUUGAUGAGAGUGGCGUAAGAAUUGUGGGAUAUGAUUUCGUACAUAUUAAU